GAAGACUUCAAAUUGGUGCGCUACUUCAAAAUAUCUAUGCGGAAAAAUCUUUACUAAAAAUAAAUAAUGCGGAAAAAACCGUCCGCCGUAAAACAUCAAGUAGAUGAAGAUAAAGGCACUUCGGAGCUUUGCAGUAAUGUACCCGACGAUUGUGAUGCUAUUCAUAGUGAUGCUGAUUCUGAUGUUGUGCAGAUAUCUCCUCUCUUUCUUAUGGAUAGUUCAGGCCGUCCUGUUCUGCAAGAUGGCAUGUCAUAAAUUAAAAUGAUUAUUCCCUACUAUAGGUACUCCAGUUGUUGAACCAGAAGUCGUUGAUUCUGCAUCCGAUGCACAUAGAAGGCGUGCGAAAACCGGAAACAACUAUUCAUCCAAAAUAUGCACUAGCUUCAGUCCAGGUGUUAUGGACUUUGUCAAGUGCACUGCUUGUUGCUGUAAAAUACAACCUUUCUCCAUGCCGUUUAGUGUUCAUCCACUUUUGAAGGUGAUACUCUGUAAACGUUGCACUAGGUAUUGUAAAACCCAGAACUUUGCAAAAGAUGAUGCAGGGAAGGAUGAUAAUUGUAAGUGGUGUUCAGACGGUGGAGAUCUUGUAUGCUGUGAUACUUGUUCGUUUGCGAUUUGCAAGAAAUGUAUCAAGCAAAACUUGGGUAGAACCUACUUGCGCAAUAUUGAGUCUCUGGAUGAAUCAGAUACUUGGAAUUGCUUUGUAUGUGAUCCUACGCCUAUCAAAACAUUACAGGAUAACUGCUCCAAGAUUGUCGCUAAAGUUGAGGAGUAUGAAAUCAUAAGAAAGCGUCGGUCGACGAAAGCUCAAGAAACAUGGCGAUCUCGUUCUAAAGGUCAAUAUGGUGAAUCUAAUGGUAGUGAUGUACCAGAUUUAUCGUCUAAUUACACUAACCUCAACGAUUCUGAUAUCACAGAAGGUUUGAUCUCAUCUUCCAAUAUAUUUCACUCUUCUAGUAAUAAUAUUCUUAAUAAGAACACUGUAUUCCAGUUGUCUGAUAUGUCUUCGGAUGGAGUAAAUGUUAAUGAAAUUAAUAAAUGCGACAAAGUCAAUAUUCCAACUGCCAUCACCAAUCAUACUUCAUUAGCCACUUUAGAAUCAAUCGAUCUUCAUAGCAUUUUCAAUCAAAUAUCUAGUGUAAACGGAGUUAAUGUUAAAACAGCUUUACGAGCUUCACAAAGGUGUUUAGAUAUAUUUGCCAAAGAUAUACGUCGUUUAGAGAAUAAUUUGAUGCGUAACCCACCUCAGAUGGAUCUAGAUAAAAUAGCUCAGUCUUUUCAAGGCAUUUAUAGAUUUCACUUAUUCACACGAUUAGGCAAUCUUGUUGCAAGAAUGCAAGAAGAGGAGAAUGUCAUCAUUAAUACAAGUAGAAAUAAACAAACAAUCCAAUCUCAUUCCUUAGGCGUUUUUCCCCAGUUAAGUGAUGUUUCUAUUCCUAAGCCUAUAUCAAGUAUUUCAAAUGAUGUAACAAUCGAUUUGACAAAAGAAGAUAAUCCCAAUGGGACUGUAUCUACACCAGGAGUUUCUACACCAAAGACAGUAUCAUUCGAUUGUUCUUCUACACCAAUGCAUUCUCAACAAUCUGCACCUGUAACAGCGGGUUCUCAUGGUAACAAAAAUAAUGACAACUACGUCACUACAGUUACUACUACUACUGUUACUACUACUAACAAUAAUAAUAAAAGUGUUAAACACAAACUAGAUGAGGUGGGGAUGAAGCCGGAGGCAGAUAACGGGAAAAGACGUAAAUUAAAUAUUGUUAAGGAACUAAGCAUUAUAAAUCAUCAGGACAAGUUAUCUCGCGAACAGUCACCAGAAGAACAAGAUUUGGAGAAAGAAAUGCAUAAUCUAGAAAGUAUUUGUGCCAAAACUAUCAAUCGUAGUUUUACAGAGCAGUCUACUGUCGAUGAGAAAAAUUGUGCUGAGUCGGAUCCGAAUUCUCGGGUACAGAAAAAAAUCAUCCAGAAUACUGAAAAUAAAAAUGCUAAUCAACGAAUAAAUCGAACCAAAACAAGUAAUAGGAAUCCAGUUGACUUUGAAGAUGAUUCAUGGUCUAUUGAAGAUAACUUGGAUUCAUCUCAGAAUAAUGUGGAUGCUACAUUUGACGGUUCUGAAUCAAAUGAUUUAGCUGGGGAUAAUACUACUGUUAGUGAUGUAAAUAACUCUCGACAAAAUCAACUUGAAAUUAAAACAAAUGAUUAUUUGUAUAAUUUGAAUGCUCGUGAUAAUUUACUGAAGUCCAGUUCAGAUGAUGAUGAUAAUGAUGAUGAUCAUGACGAUGAAAGUGUUGUAGAUAGUAAUGCAAAAGUUGUAACAGAUGAAAAUAGGAAAAUUAUUACAUCUAACAGUAUUACAAAACUUGAUGACGACCACGAUAAUAAUAAUAAUGAGAAUGCUUCUAGUGAUCAUGAUUUAUCAAGCAAUAAAUCAAAUGAUUUACACGAAAAUCUACUUUUAUGUAUGGACUUGAAACAAAACAUAGCCCCAUCUGAUCCCAUAAUUUGUUUAACGCGUCUUGCUAAAUCUGUUGUCAACGAAAAUGUCAAUAAUUGUGAAAAUAAACCAAAUAAAACAACUUUACUGCUUGAUAAUUCUGAUGAAGGGAGUGAAUCAGAAUCCAAUCCAAACAGUAAGGAUGCUGCGAAUCUUUUAUCUUCCACUAACCGUACAAAGCGUAUACGACAUUUACUCUCCAGCUCUGAAUCUGAUGAAAAUAAUAUUGAUAAUAUUGUUGAUACUGUUGACAAUGCUGGUAAUGUCAAUGAUAAUGAUGAUGAUGAUGAUGAUAAUGCUGAUGAUUGUGAAAGUGAACAAAGUGCAUCAAGUUCAUCAAAAUCUACCAUACAACAGAUAGGAUCUAGAAAUGUUAAACAGAAUAGGACAACACCAAGUAGGAUUAGAAAGUCACAAAGACUAUCAUCUAUGAAACCAACAUUUCGUCUUUCAGAUAACGAUGACGAUGGUAGUGAUCAUGAAAAAGAAGUGAAGAAAAAAGCACAGUGUACUGAUUCAUCAGCUGAUGAAAUGAACAGCAUAAAACCCCGACAUAAAUCAUAUAAUACAAAAAGACGUAGACGUCUACGCAAAGCAAAAUCAGAUGAUAGUGACGAUAAUGCUGAAGAGGAAUAUUUACAGGACAAUAAAGGCAAAGAGACAAUCAAUGAAGAAAUAAUCGACGAUGCAUUAGAUGCUAAAGGCCGUAAAAAGAUUCGAAGAAUUUACACUGCUAAUCGAUUAUCUGAAACUACAAAAGCUGCUGAAGCUUGUGAACAAGAACGUCGACGUCGUUUAGCUGAAAGACAAAAAAUGUAUAAUGAGUACAUUGUUCAAGAUGGUGAAGGGAUAAACGCAGUUACAACCAAAUUGAUUUUAGACCCGGGUGAUCCAGUUAUUGAAGUUCAUCCAGAUAUAGUGAAACAUUUGAAACCACAUCAAGUUGAAGCUGUUCGCUUCCUGUGGGAUUGUACUAUUGAAUCUGUGGAGCAUCAAACAUCUAAAAGUGGAUCGUCACCUUCCACAGGAAGUGGUGCAAUUCUUGCUCAUUGCAUGGGUUUAGGCAAAACACUAUCCGUGAUCUCUUUUUUGCAUACACUAUUAAGAUAUCCGGAACACAUAAAUAUUCGUACAUGUUUAAUUAUAUGUCCAGUGAAUACUCUGCUCAAUUGGAAACAUGAAUGGGAUAUAUGGAUGCCUGAAGCUGGACAGGUGGAUGUGUUUGAAUUGGCAUCAAAGAACAGUAACAGACUCAAACUGGAUAUUGUUAAACAUUGGCAUACAAAUGGUGGUGUACUUUUAAUUGGUUAUGACAUGUUUCGUAAUUUUAUAAUGAACUUAAUGAAGCGAACAAGAAGUAAAGAUGUUAGAAAUACAAUAUCCUCAGCUCUCUUAGAUCCAGGUCCAGAUAUUGUUGUCUGUGAUGAAGGACAUUUAAUGAAAAAUUCGAAAUCACAUAUAACUAAGGCUGUGUCACAAAUUCGUACCAUGAAACGUGUUGUGCUGACUGGAACACCUUUACAAAAUAAUCUCAAUGAAUAUCAUACAAUGGUUGAUUUUGUCAAACCGAAUUUAUUAGGAACCCUCAAAGAAUUCAAUAAUCGUUUUGGUAAUCCAAUAAAAAAUGGACAACAUUCAAAUUCAACACCAAGAGACGUAAAUUUAAUGAAGAAAAGAGCUCAUAUUUUAUAUAAAACACUAGAUGGUUGUGUUCAGCGUAAAGAUUAUAGUGUAUUAACGAAAUAUUUACCACCAAGAUAUGAAUAUGUAAUUAUGUGUAGAUUAAGUAAAGUACAACAAGAGUUAUAUAAAUAUUUUUUAGAAAAUCACAGUAAUAUAAAUUCAAAUAAUACUUUAUCAAAUAAUAAUAAUAAUACUUCUACUAAUCAAGAUGAAACAAAUCAUCGAAAAAAAUUAUUCAUGAUUCAACAAAUCUUAUAUCGUAUAUCUACACAUCCACAUGCAUUAAGAAUACAUGAAACAAAAGAAGCUCGUAAAAUGCUUCUUAUGGAUGAAGAUAGUUUUAUUGACGAUUCAGCGAAUUCAUCAGAAGAAUCUUCAGAUGAUUCAACAUCUUCAGACGACAGUGAUGAGAAUAUCAACAGAAAAAAUGACGAGAUCGAUGAAGAUAGUGAAACUAGAAAGUCUUUAAAUAUUACUGAUUCAAAUAAUAAUAAUGAAAGUAAUACUGUUAGACCACGUCGUAGACAUCGUCCAAUCACUCGUCAAGAAUCAAGAAAUCCUACAGUUCUUAUUGAUUCUGAACAUGAUUCAGAAAGUGUUAUUGAUGUUGGUGAAUGUCAAAAACCGUGGUGGUAUAUGUUUUACAACGAUGAAUAUGAUUGGCAGAUUGAUGUAGGUGCUAAAAUGGAUGUUUUGUUCAAUAUACUUAAACGAUGCUCCGAUAUUGGUGACAAAGUGAUUAUGUUCUCUCAUAGUUUGAUAUCAUUGGAUUUAGUUGAAAGAUUUUUGGCAGAGAUAAAUCGUCAGUGGUCUGUCUAUCAGGAUCAAAUGUCAAAUGAAAAAGGUGAUAAGAAUGUAAAGUCUUCACAAAAUCCAGAAAUUUUAAAUCGCCCAGAUUUAUCAGCAUAUUUUUCUGAUAUUGGACAUAAUACAUGGAUACGUGGCUUAGACUAUGAACGAAUGGAUGGUAGUAUGAAUGUAAAUAUACGAAAAGAUUUACAAACACGUUUCAAUUCUACUAGUAAUACACGUUUACGACUGUUUAUCAUAUCUACUAAAGCUGGUGGAUUGGGUAUCAAUCUAGUCUCUGCAAAUCGUCUUAUUCUUCUUGAUGCAUCUUGGAAUCCAAGUCAUGAUAUUCAGUCAAUAUUUAGAAGUUAUCGUUUCGGUCAAAGCAAACCUGUUUAUAUUUAUCGUCUUAUUGCAAAGGGGACAAUGGAAGAAAAAAUUUAUGAUCGACAGGUAACUAAACAAUCUUUAUCUCUUCGAGUAAUCGAUGAACUACAAAUUGGUCGACAUUUUUCAGAUUCUGAUUUACAAGAACUAUUUACUUUUGAACCAGAUAUAUGGAAUCCUAAUGGAAAUGAUAAACGUCCUACACCAAUAUUACCUAAAGAUCGUUUAUUAGCUGAUAUGCUUACAGAAUAUCCACAUUUAAUUGUAACUUAUCAUAAUCAUGAUUCCUUAUUAGAGCAUAGAGAAGAUGAAGGUCUUACAGAAUCAGAACGUCAAGAAGCAUGGAGAGAGUUUGAAGAAGAGAAACGAUUAGGUAUAUCAUUAGCUCAAUACCAACGUUUAUUGUUACAACAGGAGUGGAUAGCUCAACAUCAACAACAAUUUCAACAACAACAACAGCAACAACAACAACAACAACAUCAGUUUCAAUUACAACAACGUUUGGUUUUACCGAAUUUUGUCAAUACCAACUUUCGCUUCUCAAUGAUUCCAUCAUUAAAUAACGAAGAGACAAUUGUUAUUAAUGAUGAUAAUAAUAAUAAUAAUAGUAACAUACAUCUCUUUCCAACAUCGACAUUCACUAAUAAUACAGUGAGCAUUUCAAAUACUGGCAUGAAUAUCAUUGAUAAUAAUAGUAGUAGUAUACCUGUCACUAAAUCAACAGAAAAUACUAUAACCAAUGUUGGUAGUGUUAGUACUGAGGAUAUGCAAACUGUUCUACCACAAGCUAUUCAUAGCGGUGUUAGCAAUAAUGCUAUUGGAAGUUCAUUAAUCACUACCAAUCCGUCUAGAUCUCAAGCACGUUAUGUGGCAUCACCGAUUACCAAUAUGCUAAGUAAUCCUUAUGGUGCAAUGUAUUCAGAAGUUCGUCGUCAUGUUAUGCUUAAAGAUCCUAGUUUAGCUUCAAAUCCUGAAAAAUUAGAUAAAAUUACAAUGAAUCGUUUAUUAAAUGCUUUAGCUACUCCAGUUUUAGUCAGUUCGAAUGAUGCACGCAAUCAAAAUACCACUUUCCCAUUACGUAAUAAAACAUCACAAGCUUAUCCUCAGUCGAAAAAUUAACAUCUCAUUAUGAUCUUUUUAUACCGUCAGUUGCUUAUUUAAAUCUAAACAAGACAUACUAUACUUCAUUCAUCGGUGCUUUUUUAUAUUACUCUUCGAUUUUCUUUUUUUGUACCGAUGUAAUCUAUUUGUCGAAAUCAGUUUUUUAUUGAUUCGUUUGUUCUCCUUCCUCUAUGGUCUCUCUGCCUUCUUUCCCUGCUUAUCCCUCAUGUUUCGUUAGUCUCUUGUUUUUUUUUAUUGAAAGCAUUAAUUUUCUCUGAAUUAUUGCAUUUAAUAUUGAAAAAAAAACGAAGCAGAAAUAAAUUAAAUCAAUAAACAAACAAAAUUUUGAAAGAAAAAAGAACUAAGAGCAACUUAUUAGAAAAACUUAUUUUUCUCCAUCCAUCCAUUACAGUGAAUAUAAUAUAACUAUGUAUUUAUUUGUUAUUACUAUGGUUAUUCUUAUUAUUACUACUGAAAUUACAUAUGAUAUAAUCAUUAUAUUAUAAUGUACAGUGUUGUUAUUUGAGAAAUAAAAAUGAUUGUCAAUAAACCUACUCAUUACCAUAUAACUAGUAUGGUAACUUUUAUACACCAAUUUUUUUUCUGUAUUUAAUCAUUGUUGUCUCUAUGUGUAUAAUAUUGUUAUACAAUUAGAUUCAUGAUAUUUAAGACCGGUCAUUACCCUUCGGUUUAUUUGCCAAAACUAUUCUAAACGUUUCACAUUACUAUAUGCAUAUACUUGUCUGGUUUAUUCUUUAAAAAGUUUUUAUAUUCUUUCUUUGUUGUUGAGAAAAGUAUCUGUUUAAGAAAUUUUUUCAUAUUUCAGUGUAUUCUUCACAUCAUAUUAUUUUGUUUGUUGUUGUGUUCAACUAUUAAUUUGUUAAUGAUUACAACAAAGUCAUAAUUUAAUGGAAAACAUGUAAUUUUUAAUCAUUUAGUAUUUUGUGUGAAUAAAGAUCCGUAAAAUGGCAGAUGUGUUGUUACAUAUGAUUAUAUCAUGUUUUUGAUAUUCAAUAAGACUAAUUGUAUUAUAAUAGAUGGAGAUGUUACAUUAUUUAAUCUCGCUUGUUUUUAAUUAUUAUUUCAUAUUGUAAAUUGUUUUAAAAAAAGAGUGAAACUCAAUCUGCUUUGUUUUCCAUAAUAGUAGUCAAAGUAGAAAUGAAUAUUUUCAUUUAGGUGUUACAUGACUACUGACAAAAAAUUGUUGAGAUAAUUCACUAGUAUUGAAGUUUGUACUACUUUGCAUUAUCGUUAUGCUUUUGGGCUGGAGUUAUCGGCGAUGUUUUCUAUGUUCGUUAAAUGUGUUUUUUCUUUUAACAAUUUCAGUUAUUUUCUUUUAUACUUAAUAGAUAAACAGUGGAUAUAAGUGUAAUUUUCAUUGGAAAUUCUCUUUUGAGAUCUACUGUUUGCUAUAUUUGUGUUUUCUAUUGAACUGUGCCAAACUGGACAUAUUCAUAGCAGACAGUUGCGAAUAAUUUCAGCAGCUUGAAAUGAAAUCAUUAAUAGAAAUAUACUUUAACGUGAAGCACUCAAUGAAUAAAUAAACUCAGGAACGACAGUAAACAUUCACAACGGUGUGGAUAACCUCAGCCAUAUUGUUUGCUAACAUUAAAAGAAGCCUAGUUUAUCAUUGCCAAGACCAGUGAUAUUCAUCAUUGUAUGUGAAUGGCAAAACACUCCCAUACCCCUAAUUAUCCAUGUUACUGUAGAAGAUACUGAUAAGAUUUGUUUGACUUGUUGAAUGUCCUCAAAAUUUCGAAUCGAUUUCCUUUACGCAAAUGAUCAUUAACAGAUAAUACAGCGAAGUGUACUCACGAUAUACUUGUGCUUCUACGUGUCUACAUAUCUUGAAGUAGAAAUUUAUACUUGUCUGU